UUAUCUGUACUAUUGAUGAAAACUGAUUGUUAUUCCAAAACAAAAUGAAUGAUGUAGUAAAAAAUUACAUUUAAUUAAUUACAAUUCGUGCAAAUCGUAAAACAAAUUAUGGGGUUUUACGUGCCAAAACCAUGAUCUGAUUAUGAGGCGCGCCGUAUAGCGGACUUCAGAUUCAUUUUGACCACUUGGGGUUCUUUAACGUGCACCCAAAGCUACGUACCACGGGUGUUUUUGCAUUUCGCCCCCAUCGAAAUACGGCCGCCGUGGCCGGGACAUGAACCCGCGACCUCGUGCUUAGCAGCUCAACACCAACGCCACUAGGCAACCACGGUGGGUAAUCGUUAAAACUGACAGUCACUUAAGUAUCCUUACGUGAUUUGAAUGCGAAAGCAUUAUGACUUCAGUAAUUCAUUGGUUACGUCCGCGAUACGUGACGUCAUACAUUGUCAUGUGUCCUUCACAACUAUAGCUUAAUCCACGGUGCUCUAAUUUGUACCAACCUUAAUCUACCUUGCUUUAAUUUGUACUAACCUUAAUUCACCUUAAUCCACUUCACCUUCAUUCACUUUACUUCACACCCGCCGUGGUUGGUCAGUCAUUCUGCUUCCGGCCACGGGCGUGAAAGGACGCAGGAUGGCUGGCUCUUCGCGAGCAGUGAUAACGGCCGAUUCUGGCCGCGGAACAUCGUUUUUGGACGGCCUGAAAGAUUACAGGAUUGUACUGCCGCCGCUGCCAACCGGAGAAGGACUGAAAACAAUGGUUGUUCUUCACUGCGACACCGCUGGAAGGCCUUACAGGAUAGAAGAUUUCCGCCAGCCGAUGAAAGAAGCCGGCGUCAUUGAACAGGUGGGCGGUAUUGGAGCGUACCAGAUGUCGCACGUCUGGUUAGUCAACUUCCGUAGUGAAGAAGCCAAGAAAAAGUUGCUCGACAUCGGGCAUAUUGUUGUUAAAGGGAAGACUUGCGUUGUCUUUGACCCUGAAAGGCAGGAAGUGCGGCUGAAGGUGCAUUGGUGUGCCUUCAACGUCAGCAACGAAACUCUGAGGCGGGCGUUCGCCGAGUACGGCGAAGUGAAAGAAGUUUCGAGCGAUAGAUGGAAGACCGGCGGGUUUGAAAACGCCGACUCGACUACUCGUGUUUUGCGGCUGGUUCUUCGAGAAGGUGUAAACCUCGAGCGCAUACCCCAUCAGCUGCGUAUCGGGAACGGUACAGUAUUAGUCGUCGUGCCCGGGCGUGCGCCGAUAUGUCUCCGCUGCCGCAACACAGGCCACAUUAGGCGGGACUGCAAGGUGCCCAAGUGCAGCGAGUGCCACGCCUUCGGGCAUGAAGAGGCUGAAUGCACGAAGUCAUACGCCCGCGCCGCGACUCGAGGAACAUUCGGCGAUAAUAGUGAGCUGCACAUGGACGAGGAUGAAGCUGAGCAAGCUGCCUCCAACCCAGUGGUCGAGAGCCCAACGGCCGCAGCGCUGAGCGAUGAAAAGGAAGGCGCCAUGCCAGGGACUCGUGAGUCAGCGCCCAGCACCCCCAAGUCGGCAACCACGAGCAUGGAUACCAAUUCACCGCAAGAUAUUCCACGUCCUUCUGAAAAAAGCAACGAGGAACCCAUGGAGUCUGACCCUGCGGCUGCGAAACGACGCCACGACGAUGUCAGUGCAAUGAGCCAGGAGCAACGACUGCGUCUCCUAGAACGCCAGUGGGGCGUAGGCGAAGGGAAAAAGCAGCGUGUCACCAGCGGGCUACGAUCGUCGUCGCUUCCUCGCGACGACAACCCGAAGACCUAAUAAUGGAGGGACGGCACUACACGGCGCGGCGUUGUGUGCAUGAAGGUAAGCGCCGUACUGGCGGCCUGGUCUUGCUUAACGAUGGCGGCAUUUGAAAGACACCUCGUAGUAGCCACGCUUAAUGUCAGGGGUCUUUCAUCCAGGAGGAGGCAAAAU